AUGUCACGAAUCGUCGAUAGAAUGAACAAUUCUGACACCAGCAGAGCUAGUGGCCCCGUCGAGAGAGACAUCGAACAGGCUGUUACUGCUCUUAAGAAAGGCGCCUACUUACUCAAGUAUGGAAGAAGAGGGAAACCCAAGUUUUGUCCCUUUCGACUCGCAAAUGAUGAGUCUGUUCUAAUUUGGUUUUCCGGUAAAGAGGAGAAACAUCUUAAACUGAGCCACGUGUCCAGAAUUAUAUCUGGACAGCGCACUCCAAUUUUUCAAAGAUAUCCACGGCCUGAGAAGGAGUACCAGUCCUUUUCUCUGAUAUACAAUGACAGAUCACUGGAUUUGAUAUGCAAGGACAAGGAAGAAGCAGAGGUAUGGAUUAGUGGGCUGAAGGCAUUAAUUUCACGUGGUCAUCAGCGUAAAUGGAGAACGGAAUCAAGGAGUGAAGGAAUUUCAUCAGGAGCUACUAGUCCCAGAACAUACACUAGAAGAAGUUCUCCACUGCAUUCUCCAUUUGGAAGUGGUGAUAGCUUGCAGAAGGAUGGUGCAGAUCAACUUCGCUUCCGCAGUCCUUAUGAAAGUCCUCCCAAAAAUGGUUUAGACAAGGCGUUUUCAGAUGUGAUAUUAUAUGCAGUGCCUCCCAAGGGUUUCCUUCCUUCGGAUUCUGCCAGUGGUUCCAUCCAUUCAUUGUCAUCUGGAGGCUCAGAUGGCAUACCUGGUCAUAUGAAGGGAAUGGGAAUGGAUGCCUUUAGAGUAAGCCUUUCGAGUGCCGUAAGCUCGUCAAGUCAAGGUUCUGGUCACGAUGAUGGUGAUGCCUUGGGCGAUGUUUUCAUCUGGGGAGAAGGCAUUGGUGACGGUAUUUUGGGUGGUGGAGCACACAAGUUUGAAAGUUGCUCUGGUCUCAAAAUGGAUUCACUCUUGCCUAAGAUGUUAGAAUCUGCAGUUGUACUAGAUGUUCAGAAUAUAGCUUGUGGUAGGCGACAUGCUGCCUUAGUGAGCAAACAAGGAGAGAUAUUUUCUUGGGGUGAGGAGUCAAGAGGCAGACUUGGGCACGGUGUAGAUUCUGAUGUCUUGCAUCCGAAGCUAGUUGAUGCCCUCAGCAAUACAAACAUUGAGCUAGUUGCAUGUGGUGAAUAUCAUACUUGUGCUGUCACUCUUUCUGGUGAUUUGUACACCUGGGGUGACGGUCAUUGUGGUCGUCUUGGACAUGGGAAUGAAGUAAGUCACUGGGUGCCGAAAAGGGUAAAUGGACCACUGGAAGGAAUACACGUUUCUUCAAUUUCCUGUGGGCCCUGGCAUACUGCUGUUGUGACCUCUGCUGGGCAGUUGUUUACUUUUGGAGAUGGAACUUUUGGGGUUCUUGGUCAUGGUGAUCGGGAAAGUGUUUCUAAACCUAGAGAAGUAGAAUCCCUGAAGGGGCUCCGCACUGUACAGGCAGCUUGUGGUGUUUGGCACACUGCUGCUGUUGUUGAAGUUAUGGUGGCAAACUCAAGCUCUGGUAAUUCUUCAGGCAAACUUUUCACAUGGGGAGAUGGGGAUAAAGGUCGACUUGGGCAUGGUGAUAAGGAAUCAAAACUUGUUCCAACCUGUGUUGCUGCUCUUGUUGAACCGAAUUUUUGCCAGGUUGUUUGCGGACAUAGCAUGACAGUUGCUCUUACAACCUCGGGCCGUGUAUACACAAUGGGCAGUCCUGUAUAUGGACAGCUAGGGAGCUCUCAAGCUGAUGGGAAGCUUCCAUCUCGUGUUGAAGGAAAACUUGCGAAGAGUUUUGUGGAGGAGAUAGCAUGUGGUGCCUAUCACGUUGCUGUUCUGACCUCAAGAACUGAAGUUUAUACAUGGGGGAAGGGAGCUAAUGGUAGAUUGGGUCAUGGGGAUAUAGAUGACAGAAGUUCUCCAACUUUAGUUGAAGCUUUGAAAGACAAGCAAGUCAAAAGUAUUGCUUGCGGUACUAACUUUACUGCAGCUAUCUGCCUUCAUAAGUGGGUCUCUGGAGUUGAUCAGUCCAUGUGUUCUGGCUGCCGUCUACCAUUUAAUUUCAAAAGAAAACGUCACAAUUGUUAUAAUUGUGGACUCGUCUUUUGUCAUUCAUGCAGCAGCAGGAAGUCUAUCAGGGCUUCUAUGGCCCCAAAUCCCAACAAGCCAUAUCGAGUUUGUGAUAAUUGUUUCAAUAAAUUGAAGAAAGCUAUUGAAACGGACACAUCAUCUCAGUCAUCUGUGAGUAGAAGAGGAAGUAUAAAUCAGGGUCCAAAUGACCUUAUCGACAAAGAUAACAAGUUGGACACCAAAUCUCAUCCUCAUCUAGUUAGAUUUUCUUCAACGGAAUCCUUGAAGCAAGUGGAGAGUUGCUCUUCGAAGAGAAACAAAAAACUGGAAUUUAACAGCAGCCGUGUAUCACCUAUACCCAAUGGAAGUUCCCAAUGGGGGGCUUUUAAUAUCUCUAGAUCUUUUAAUCCAGUAUUUGGAUCGUCCAAAAAAUUUUUCUCAGCUUCGGUUCCUGGAUCAAGAAUUGUUUCUCGAGCAACAUCACCAGUAUCGAGACGGCCUAGUCCUCCCCGUUCCACUACACCGACCCCCACAUUGGGUGGACUGACUUCACCGAAGGUUGUAUUGGAUGACGCUAAAAGGACAAAUGAUAGCCUUGGCCAAGAAGUUAUUAAACUAAGGGCACAGGUUGAGAAUCUUACUCGCAAGGCUCAGUUUCAAGAGAUAGAGCUAGAAAGAACUACUAACCAGCUGAAGGAGGCAAUAGCCAUUGCAGGGGAAGAGACUGCCAAAUGCAAAGCAGCCAAAGAAGUGAUUAAGUCACUUACUGCACAACUGAAGGAAAUGGCUGAAAGGCUUCCUGUGGGUUCUACUCGAAACACCAAAUCUCCUUCCUUUACUUCUCUCGGCUCCACUCCUGUAUCCAAUGACGUUUCAAGUGCUUCUCUUGUCCGUUUGAAUGGUCAAAUAACUGCCCAGGAAUUGGAAUCAAAUGAACUAAGCAACCAGAUGCUUUCUAAUGGACUAAGCAUUGCAAGUAAUCACAGCUUUGGUCACAAUAGACAAGGUCAUCUAGAAACCAUGACAAGAAACGGGAAUAAAACAAAAGAAAGUGAUUCUCGCAAUGAGAAUGAAUGGGUUGAGCAAGACGAACCUGGUGUUUAUAUCACCCUUACCUCCUUACCUGGAGGUCUCAAGGAUCUUAAGAGAGUUCGUUUCAGUCGAAAGCGGUUUAGUGAAAAACAAGCAGAACAAUGGUGGACAGAGAACAGGGCAAGAGUGUAUGAACAGUACAACUUUUGGCAUUCAUCUUUCAACCUGGGGUUGCCCGUUAAAGCAAGAGGAGUAGAGGACGCGCCUUGGGUGUGGGUUUUGAGGACGAGAAAUGUAAAUUCUUAG